UCUUCAAACCAGUCUAACUCUCUCUCACUAACUCUCUCUCUCUCUCUCUAGAAAUGGACAACUUUGGUGCUGUGUUUCCCUACAACUCAUCAUCUCCAACUUCACAAACUGAUGUUUCAUCACAUCUAUCCCUGGAUUUAAUGCAUGAUUACACUCAUGCUACUACUUAUAGUAACAACGAUGAUUACGAACAGGUGGAAGGCGAUCGUAAUCUCGGUUCAACAGGAAAACGGUCGAAUUGUGGUUCGGAUGAAGUGGCCUUGGAUUCGGCAUCCGGUUCGGGUUUGGUUAAUGGUAAGAAAAGUCAUAAGAAGGUUAGAAAGCCUAAGUGUGCAUUUCAGACCAGAAGUCAAGUUGAUAUUCUUGAUGAUGGUUAUAGAUGGAGAAAAUAUGGUCAAAAAGCUGUGAAGAAUAACAAAUUCCCCAGGAGCUAUUAUCGUUGUACAUACGAAGGAUGUAACGUGAAGAAGCAAGUUCAAAGGUUAUCGAAAGACGAGGAAGUUGUCGAGACGACUUACGAAGGAACACAUACACACCCAAUCGAGAAACCGAACGAUAACUUUGAGCAUAUUUUGACUCAAAUGCAAAUCUAUUCGACUUGCUAGCUAAAAUAGGGAAACUAAAUAAUACCUAAAAGGGUUGCUAAUUAGAUGACAAUUAAGCUUUUAUUCUUGUAAUGCUUUAUGUUUGUUUAAGUUGCUUAAAUUUAUAUCUUUAUUUAUUUAAUUUAAAAGUAUCAUUUUAAUCA